AUGGAAGGACUGUCGAGUAGCGAAGAGAACGGCACCGUUCCCGCGCCUAGUUCGAGCACUUCGGGUAGUUCAAAUGUUCCGGUAGUGUUGGGAAACUGUGCUAGUGGUAGUUCAAGUGCUAGAACACACUCGCCAAAAGUGUGCGUUACGCCUGGUUCGCAGAUCCUUCUUCAGAGAAAUUCUCUUUCUCCCAAUGUUCCCAGGAAAGUUAUGAGCAAAAACAAUAAUAAUACAAUAUUUCCUACAUCAUAUCCAAACAACCAAGCAGAAUUGCAGCUGUUCAGAGUAAUGCAGAACGCCUCAUUACUACUAUAUUAUGACACUCUUUUGGAAAUGGGUGGUGACGACGUUCAACAGCUGUGUGAUGCCGGAGAAGAAGAAUUUCUCGAAAUAAUGUCUUUGGUCGGUAUGGCUUCUAAACCGCUUCACGUUAGAAGGUUACAGAAAAGCCUCCAAGAGUGGGUAACUAACCACUCAAAGUUUAAACUACCUUUAGUGCCCGGUGAAGACUUUGAAUUAGAAUUGUCAAGUCCUCGCGUGACUAGUAAUCAUGUAUUUUAUUCAGAUAGCGGUGAUAGUAGUAGAACAAUAUACUCCCCAUCUCCUGGUGAUCUUGGUGCCUUACCCCCAGUUUCUAGCCCUGGUUUAACUAUUAGCAACAAAAGGCCUUAUUCUCCGUUAGACCCAGCAUGUCCUCCAUCUUCAAGUUCAAGUCCAGGAGCAAACAUGUCAGUACAACUAUCACCAAGUCUUAUGGAAAAUCAAAUAGCAAAACUUGCAUCAGCAGCAGAACGCUUAAGUAAACAGCUACCACAAUACGAACCAAAGCCUCACAACACCAAAAAGAAGGUGUGUAAAGAAUUAGAGUUAGUUAUAUCAAUGCCAGAGAAUGAUCCAAGGAGAAUGGACGAAAUUAGGAGGUAUGCUGCAAUAUAUGGAAGGUUUGAUUGUAAAAGGAAACCUGAGAAACCUCUAACAUUACAUGAAGUUUCUGUAAACGAAGCUGCCGCACAGAUAUGUAGGUUUAUUCCAGCACUUUUAACACGAAGAGAUGAACUUUUUCCACUUGCUAGACAAGUUGUCAAGGAUUCGGGUUGCUAUUACUCAAAAACACAAUUAUCUACAGUUUAUAUGAAUAAACCAGGAAAUAUGGGCCAUGAUCGGGAGGUGGAUAUAUCUGCUAGAGCGAGCCCAAGAAUAGGAGGAUUUGAAAAUGAUAGACCUAUAAGCAAGAGGCCAAAAAUGGAAGCCACUUCCGACUCAGACGACCGGCAGGUCAGCCAACUAAAACGACUAAAAAAUUCAACGCACUCACAUGUUGUUAUCAAUUUAGAAAACUAA